CAGGCAGUGCUGCUCUCCUGUUGUAUCUGUGGCUCUGCGGUUUGCAGACUUGCAUUCCUGCUGCUGACUCACGGUUCACUCAUCUCCCCCCCCCCCCCACCGCUCCCUCCGCAGUCAGGCUGCUUGCUUAUAGAGAUCUCCUCCGUCUCUCUCCCAGCCUGCGACCGGCUGGUACCGAUCCAGCAGGGGCUUCGCUGCAGCAGGGGAGCGGCAGAGAAAGAGAAGAGAGAGGAGAGAGGAGAGGUACUAACCGUCUCAGACAGACUGACAGGCCGUGAGAGUCUUGUGGAAUCAAAGAUGGCGUUGCUGUGGCUCCUGAUUGCUCUCGGGGCGCUCUCCUCUUCACUGGGAGACGAGGAAUCCCUCGUGAGAACACGGAGAGGAACACGCAUGUACAGAGAGUACUGUAAGGACGGGCUGUCCGCGGAGGUUCACCAGCACGGGGAGACGUGGCUGCGCUGGCAUGGCCAGAGCGUGGAAUACUGUCGCUGUGCCAACAGAAAAAGCAGGUGCCACGCGGUGCCCGUUGAGGAAUGCAGCAGGAGUCGAUGCUACAACGGGGGCUCCUGCAAGCAGGCUCUCCACUCCCCCGAAUUCAUCUGCAGCUGCCCCAGCGGCUUCGUGGGACCCCAGUGUGAGAUCGACACGACGGAGAAGUGCGUCAGCGGGCGCGGGGGCGGGUACCGCGGGACCUGGGGGCAGAGCCGCUCCUCCAUCGACUGCCUGAACUGGAACUCCAGUGUCCUCAUCGACAAAAAGUACAACGCGAGGAGAGACGACUCCCUGCAGCUGGGCCUGGGGAACCACAACUACUGCAGGAAUCCGGACAACGACACCCAGCCCUGGUGCCAUGUGUACAAAAACAAGCAGCUGGUGUGGGAGUACUGCAGUGUGCCCAGCUGUCCCCAGGUUGGCUCUGCGGAGUGCUACGCUGGCACCGGCUCGUCGUACCGCGGCUCGCGGAGCAGCACUCGCACGGGCGCCCGCUGCCUGAGCUGGGACUCGCCCGCCCUCGCCAAGAAAGCCUACAACGCCUGGAGAGUCGACGCCAGGCAGCUCGGGCUGGGCAGCCACAACCACUGCAGGAACCCAGACAACGACUCCAAGCCCUGGUGCCACGUGUACAGAGGCAGAGCCCUCACCUGGGAGCACUGCGACCUGCCCAAGUGUGUGGAUCGCCCGGUCAGCAGCUCCACUGUGGGGUCCUCAGGAUUCCUGAGUGGACACGACAAUGCAGUCGAGAGCUGUGGGAAGCGGCUGCCCCCGGUCUCUCAGUAUCGGAUUAAGGGGGGUCAGGUCUCCAGCAUCGCUGCUCACCCCUGGCAGGCCGCUCUCUUCGUGUAUAACCGCCACGCGCAUGCCGACUCCUACUUCUGCGGGGGCGUCCUGAUUGGCUCCUGCUGGCUGCUGUCUGCCGCCCACUGCUUCCAGGAACGGUUCCGUCCUAAUCUGCUCAAGGUAGUGAUGGGACGCACCUACCGGCUUCAGAACUCCACCAACGAGCAGAUCUUCAGAGUGGAGAAAUACUUCGUCCACGAGCAGUACGACGAAGAGACCUUCGACAAUGAUAUAGUGCUGUUGAAGCUGACGAGUGACACGGGGGCGUGUGCUCUGGAGACCUCCUUCGUCCGGCCGGUUUGCCUCCCCGACCCCGGCCUCUCCCUCCCAGACUGGUCUGAGUGCGAGAUCUCCGGCUACGGCAAAGAGGAGGAGUUCUCUGCCUUCUACUCUGAGCGGCUGAAGGAGGGUCACGUCCGGCUCUGGCCGUCCCGACUCUGCACCCCGGAGCGUCUCUCCGACCGGCUCGUCACGGAGAACAUGCUCUGUGCCGGAGACACGCGUGGGCUGGACGACGCCUGCAAGGGGGAUUCUGGGGGUCCCCUGGUCUGCUCCAGCGGGGGGCGGAUGAACCUCAUCGGCAUCAUCAGUUGGGGCGACGGCUGCGGGAAGAAGGACACCCCAGGGGUUUACACCAGAGUGAGCAAAUACCUGGGCUGGAUCCAAAGAAAGAUCAGCCAGGAGACACGGUAGAGCCAGCGAGACCGAGAGAGGGGAGCAGCCAACCAGCAAACCCGCAGCACACACACACACACACACACACACAGAGUCUGGACCGUCUGGCUAAAACCACUUCCCCUUUAACAUCACAAUGGCACACACCUGGACUGGACCCGCUAGCCCCCCCUGUGGGAUCUGUAAGAAGGACGCAGUUCUGCGCCGUGUGGAUCACUGUUACCAGGACCGCCGCAGAGAGGAAGCAGAUCAAACUAAAGGGACAGAGCCAUUCACAGCAAAACUACGGCCAGCACUUUUGUUCUAUAAAUGAAUCUCGGACUGUAUAUAUAAACUAGCGUGUGCAUCGGUGUUACUUUUUAAAAAUUGUUAAACUUUUCUAUUCUUUGUGUAACAGUUUUAACAUGUUAAUGAUUGAGACCCGAGCCCAGGGCCCUGACAGUUUGCACAGUGACCCAAUCGUGCAUGGUGUGUGUGUGUGUGUGUGUGUGUGUGUGUGUGUGUGUUUCCAUGCACAAGGUUUUAAAGCAGGUCUAAACCACUCCCGCCCCCCAGAGAGGCUGCAUUUCAACACAGACGAGACUCUCCUGCAUGCUGCAGAAGAGACCCCACCCCACCCCACAACCCAACCCAACCCAACCGAACCCAACCCAACAGCACUGUUUUUAAACUCCUUCAUUGUGUUUCAGUACAGAGAGUCCUGAAGGCUGUUGCACAGCCCAGCGAGACUCGACACACCAAGAGACUUUUUAAAAAUCUUUAUUAUUAUUAUUAUUGUUAUUAUUAUUUAUUUGUAUUGUGUGUAUUUCUAUGCAUAUAAUAAUUUUAUUGGUUAAUCUGUAUUUAUUAUGUCAUGAUUUAAUUUUUUUGUAUAUGAUUUGUUUUUAAAAAUAUAUAUAUUCCACUUUGAUAUAAUAAGC